GUCAUCCCCAAACUCUGUGACAGCUCCCACUGACAUAGUGCCUUUCCACUAGAUCACGGCCACAGAUGCAGACAGUGGCGCCUUCGGCUCCCUCUCCUACUCCAUCGGCUCCGGCAUCGGCAGCAUUGUCCCCACGCAGUUCAGCAUCGAUGAGCACACUGGGCAGUUGUGCACAGUGCAGGGCCUGGACCGUGACGAGGGGGCCACCGCCUAUGACUUCACUGUCACUGCUGUCGAUGGGGGUGGUCUGAACUCCAUGGUGUACGUGAAGGUUUUCCUGGAGGAUGUGAACGAUAACCAUCCGGCGUUCUACCCCCUGGAGUACGCAGCCAGCAUCAGCACGCAGAGCAUGCCAGGCACAGCCGUGCUGCGUGUCAUGGCCCACGACAAGGAUGAGGGUCCCCACGGGAAGGUGACGUACCACAUUGUCUCUGGGAACUCGCCCCCUCUCUUCUCUCUGCACAAGGACACAGGUGUUGUCUCCCUCUCGUGGUCCCUGAGUGGCAAAGCCAACACGCUGGUGCAGCUGGUGAUCUCAGCACGGGAUGGAGGGGGCCUGUCAGCCCAACCCAAUGCCCAAGUGAACAUCAGCAUUGUGGCUGGCACGGUCUCACCUCCUGUCUUUGAGCAGGCACAGUACUUCUUCACAGUGCCUGAGGACACACAGCAGGGGGCAAGUGUUGGGGCCGUCCGGGCCCAUAACCCCCCAGGUCACUCUGAUGACAUCUUUUAUUCCAUCUCCUCGGGAGAUCCCCAUGGCUAUUUCUUCAUUGACUCCAGCUUGGGACAGCUCCGCACCAGCCUUCCUCUCGACCAUGAGGUCCAGGCAGUUCUGGUUCUAGAUGUGCAGGCCCGAAGUGGCUCGCCGCCUGCCUACAGCAACACGCAGGUGAAGAUUUCCGUGUCAGACGUGAAUGACAAUGCACCAACCUUCCUGGCCCCUUCUGACUCCAUCCUGCUGCCAGAGGCCACAGAGGUAGGGGCCACUGUCUACACACUGCAGGCGGAGGAUCGGGACAGUGGUGCCAACGGGCAGGUGCACUUUGAGCUGGUGUCAGGUGGGGAUGAUGUCUUCAGUGUGGAGCGCUCCUCUGGGACAGUGCGUGUGGUGGGGGCGCUGCAGUAUGAGGCCAGUGCUGCCUAUGGCCUAGCCAUAGUGGCACGGGACAGCGGUGUGCCCCAGCUCAGUGCCACCUUCACCCUGCUGGUGCACGUGCAGGCAGAGCACGACCACGGGCCCAUCUUUGACACACUCACCUACCGUGUGGAGGUGCGGGAGGGCACUCCUGUCUCCACUCGCUUCCUGCAGGUGCGGGCCCUGGCCUGGGACAGUGGUGCCACGCCCCUCACUUACCACCUGCGUGCUGAUGGCGACGCUGCUAGCUUUGGCAUCAUGCCCGAGAGUGGCUGGCUUUAUGUCAAGAGUGCAUUGGACCGGGAGACACGGGACCUGUACAUGCUGACAGUGCUGGCGUCUGCAGGGGCAGGCGGCACCAGCAGCGAGGCCAGGAAGACUGGCACCAGCACGGUGCGGGUCAGCAUCACUGACGAGAAUGACAACAGCCCCCGGCUCAGCGAGGAGCGCUACUUCUUCACCAUUCCUGAGAACCAGCCACCUGGCAGCAGGGUGGGCAGGGUGACAGCCAGUGACCGGGACACAGGGCAGAACAGCCGCCUCACCUACCGCCUCCUCCAGCAUGACCCCAACUUCCUCAUCCACACGCAGUCUGGAGAGCUCACUGCCAAGCGCAGCCUGGACCGGGAGCAGCAGUCAAGCUAUCAACUGCUGGUGAUCGUGCAGGAUGGGGGGACACCACCCCGCAGCGUCACAGGCACCGUCUAUGUCACCAUCUUGGAUGAGAAUGACAAUUUGCCGGCUUUCCUUCAUGUGCUGGGUGGGCGGGAGCUCCUGGUGCAGGUGCUGGAGGAGAAGCCAUCAGGGCUGCUGGUCGCCUCCCUGCAGGCCAAGGACCCAGACGAGGGUGAGAACGGGACCAUCUUCUACUCACUAACAGGGGCUUGGGCCGAGCGCUUCACACUGCACACAGCCACGGGGGAGCUGCGUACAGCCACUGUGCUGCGCCGAACUGACCGGGCCGAGUACAUCUUCACUGUGACUGCCAGUGACCGGGGCAUGGAGCCCCAGAGUACAGCAGCCACUGUCCGCAUCCAGGUACAUGCUCCCCCAAACCUGCCCCCCAGGGCUGUCAUCUGCAUCCAUGUACAUGGGCCCCCCAAACCCGCCUCCCCAGGGCUAUUGUCCGCAUCCAGAAGCAUGGAGCUUGCACAGCUUUGUGCUGAUGUCAUGAGCAUUGCAAGCACAGCGCGCAUGAUUCUGGAGUAUUUGCAGAGCUUCAAGAAGAACUGA